AUGGACCUUCAUCCUCACAAAACGAUAUCCCGACUUAGCUUAGCAGCCUCUGCUCUAGCGGUACGGAUGACCCUCACGGUACCAGCUCCUCAAACUCUUUCAGUGACAACUGUGUCUCUACCAAAGAAGUCAACACCGAACUCUAACCUCUCUCUUCUGCUCCUCUGUAAAAAUCUCCGAGAGGCCAACCAAGUCCAUGCUCUCAUGAUCAAAUCCUCCCAGAUCUUAGACACCUACGCCGCCAGCCGUCUUGCCGAGUUCUAUGCCAUUUCCGACAAUGGAAGCCUUGAAUUCGCUGAAAGUGUACUCGAUUCCAUAAAAGAACCAUAUACUUUCGCCUGGAACACUCUCAUUAGAGGAAACCUCAAGAAGCAGAAUUCCCAGGAAGCCAUUUCGCUCUAUGAUCGGAUGCUUCACCGGUCGGUUCAGCCCGACGGCUAUACCUUCACCUCUCUGCUCAAAGCGUGCACCCUUUUGCCUGCACUGGCACUUGGGAAGCAGAUCCAUUCGCAGAUCGUCAAAUUCGGAUUGGAGUAUAGCCCAUUCAUCCGAAACAAGCUGAUCCAUUUGUACGCAGCGUCUGGUUUGGUAGCCCAUGCACGCAAGCUGUUUGAUACAAGUUCUGAAUGGGAUUUUGUAACUUGGAAUAGUAUGCUUCAAGGAUAUGCCAAUAACAGAGACGAGGAAUCACUUAACCUGUUGUUUUACUCGAUGCCUUGCAUAGAUGUUGUCUCUUGGAACACCAUGAUUUCUUAUUAUGUUCAGGUGGGUGAAUUUAAGGAGGCCUUAGAGAUGUUUCGACAAAUGCAGCAGGGUGAAUGGCCGGAUAAAGUGACUUUGAUUAGUGUUUUAACUGCAGUUGCCCAUUUGGGUGCACUUGCCCAGGGAAAGUGGGUUCAUGCAUAUAUCAGUAAGCAGAGAAUUGAGGUUGAUGAGAACCUUGGUUCGGCUCUUAUAACCAUGUACUCCAAAUGCGGUUGCUUAGAUGGAGCAAUUGAGGCAUUUCAUGAGACGAAUAGGAAGAGUGUGGACACUUGGAAUGCCAUGAUAGGUGGGCUAGCUGCAAACAGCGAAAGCUUAAAGGCUGUUGAAAUGUUCACAAUGAUGGAAUGUUGUAAAGUUUGGCCCAAUGCCAUAACCUUCUCUUGCAUUUUGAAGGCUUGCAGUCAUGGAGGGUUGGUUGAAGAUGGUUUUGGGUAUUUUGAUAAAAUGAAAAGUGUUUAUGGGAUAGAGCCAGACAUUGUACAUUAUGGUUGUAUGGUUGAUCUCUUGGGCCGUGCUGGUUUGUUUGAAAAGGCAGAGGAGGUCAUCAAAUCCAUGCCAAUGAAACCCGAUGCAGUUGUGUGGAAGGCUUUGUUGGGUGCCUGUAGAAUCCAUAGAAAUUUAAAAAGAGGUGAAAAAGCUGGGCUUAAGCUCAUUGAAUUGACGCCAGAUGAUCAUGCAGGCUAUAUCCUGUUGUCCAAUAUUUAUGCAAUGGCUGAUAAAUGGGAUCAAGUUCAUGAGGUGAGGAAAGCCAUGCGAGUGAGGCAAAUUCAAAAGCCUCCUGGAUGCAGCUUGGUUGAAUUGAAUGGGGUUGUUCAUGAGUUCGUUGUUGGAGAUGCAACCCAUUAUAGGAAGAAAGAAAUUUAUGAUAUGCUUGAUGAGAUGGGAGAAAGACUAAAGCAGGCUGGGUAUGAGCCAGACACACAGCAAGUUUUGCUGGAUAUAGACGAGGAAGAAGUGAAGCAAACUUCACUGGGUCAUCACAGUGAAAAACUGGCAGUUGCCUUUAGUUUCAUCAGCACGAAUCCUGGAACAGCUGUCCGAGUAAUAAAGAAUCUUCGUGUCUGUAAUGAUUGUCAUUCUGCAAUGAAGUUUCUCUGUAUGAUUUAUAAACGGACAAUAAUAAUUAGAGAUUCCACUCGAUUCCACCAUUUUCAAGAUGGAACAUGUUCUUGUAUGGAUUAUUGGUAA